AGUAUCUCUAGUUGGACCUGUGCGUUCCCCGUCUGGUCCCACCAACGGGGAACAAAUUUACAUAGUGGCAAGUUUUUUUGGGAGUGAGUGUUCCAUGGGAGCGUACAUGGGCUACCAGUUACGCGUGCAAGGAAAAUAGUAUCGGAUUCCGUAUUUUCUAUGCAAACACUUACCUAAUCCAAGGAUUGUGAAGGUCUAGUCAUCCUAUUGUUAAAAAUUGCGACGUUUGGGCAAAACGUCCAUAAAAUCGCGGUCUAUUCCACCAAACUUUGUGACCUAGUUCCUAUCGGGCGUUCUACGGGUUGACGACUUAUGAAAAUAGAAUGAUCAUCGUCUCUACUACUUAUUUCCAUUAGUUAAGGUUAUCGUGUCUCUUGCUUUUCUCGCAGCCCUAUCUGCAUCAUAGUCUCAGUACGAGUAGAAACAAUAAUAUAUCGAUAUCGCUUAAGUAUUUAGAUAGUGACGAUGACCUGAAUAAGAUACGCCAGUCGAGAAUGGAGGCGACGUAUGGAUGCGGCGCCAGGCAUACGCAGGUGAUACUGCUGUUCCUGUCGGUCCUUUUGGCGUAUGGUAUGCGUGUCAACAUGUCCGUUGGCAUAGUCGCAAUGACCGAUAAAAAUACAAGCCCGAAUCCCGACGUAUUAACAUUCGAAUGGGACGACCAAAGCAUAAUACUGACGUCGUUCUUCAUCGGUUACGUAAUUCCUCAGGUGAUUGCGGGACACCUGGCGAAGAACUUCGGGGCGAAGAUCUUCAUAACGGUCACGUCGAUCGUUGGUUCCUUAAUGGCCGUUUUGAUACCGGUUGUGGCACCGUUAGGAUCAUGGGCUGUUAUUGUUUGCAGAGUCAUCCAAGGGCUCGCCCAAGGUUUUCUUUAUCCCUGCAUUCACAACCUACUAUCAAAGUGGGUUCCACCUUUAGAAAGAGCGCGAUUGGGUACCUUCGUGUACGCAGGGGGACCACUUGGUACCGUCGUCUCCAUGCCUUUCACCGGUUGGAUAUCGGGAACUCAUUUGGGUUGGCCUUAUGCCUUCUACAUCUACGGUGGCGCGGGGUUAUUGUGGACGGUGCUUUGGAUGGUACUUGGUAAAAACAGCCCAGCGGAUUACAAAGCCAUGAACCCAACAGAGAAGGAGUACAUCGAAUUGUCUUUAGGAGCAAUACCAGCUGAACGAGUACGUGUAAGCCUAUUAUGUAGCUUUUCAAAAAGCGUAGAUCUACAGAGAACUAUAAAGACCUGUCUUCUACGGGAAGUUCAAAAUACACCCCUUGAUAGGUCAUGGAGAGGGGAAUGUGGAACUUACGCCCACUGGCAGUGACAGCUUCACAACCGCAUUUUUCCAUUCCAUGCUAGAUGGAACACUAACGUUCUAAUCCAGAUUCUAUUCCGUGUGCCAAUCUUCUUGGUCUUUUUGAUUGGACAUUUUUUCGACU